AUGGUUAUUAAAGAGAUUACAAUACAAUCCUAUAAUUUUAUAAUAAAUGUGUUAUUAAAAAGUGAUCAUUCUACACAGUUCAAUAAAAAUUUAUUAUAUGAUAAUGUACGUAAAAAACGUUAUGCUAUUUAUAAGAAUCAUUUGGAAACAACUAAUAAUCAACAUCAUCAUCAUGCGGCUACGUUACAUCAUCAUUUAACAAAGGGUAUUUCAUCGAUUGUACAAGAUGCACCGGAUUUAGAAAUACCACGUGAGAGCGAUAAUGCAAAUAAUAAUGAUUGGUUUUGGUUGUCCGGUACAAGUCGAGUACCGAAAAAAGAUAUUGAAAACUUCUGUCAUGAAUCAAGAAAUUUCUGUUUGCCAUCAAUGAAAGGUGAUCAAGGCUUACCAGGUGAACGCGGUGAACGAGGGCCACGAGGUGAACGUGGUGAAACGGGAUUACCAGGACAAAUUGGUCCACCGGGGCCAACUGGACCUCGUGGUCCUACUGGAGAAGUAGGUUGGCCUGGUGCACCUGGAUUAGAUGGCCGUGACGGUGUACCCGGAGAACCAGGUUUAGAUGGUGUACCUGGUCGAAGUGGUAUUGAUGGAAUACCUGGUAAAAAUGGUUUGCCUGGAAAAGAUGGUUUACCUGGACGAGAUGGUAAAGAUGGGAAAGAUGGUUUGAAUGGAAAACCUGGACCACCUGGACCUAUAGGCCCAACCGGAGCAAGAGGAAUUGCUGGUCCACGGGGACGUCCUGGUAAACCUGGACAAAAUGGCACACCGGGGAUUCCAGGUAUAACAGCAUGGAGUGUCCGUGUCAACGAUACACAAAAGCUAUUAAUACCACCAUCAAUUGCAUCAGCUACUCCACCAUAUGUGCCAGCAAGCCCCUUAAUUGUACACGAAGGUGAAAAUCUACGUUUACGAUGUGGAGCUACUGGUGUACCAUAUCCUCAUAUUGAAUUUCGUCGUACUGAUGGAAAUGUUAUACCACUGGGAGCUUGGCAAACGUCGUCGGUGUUUGAUCAUACUCUAAAUUUAACAUCGAUUAAUCGUGCUCAUAUGGGAGAAUAUAUUUGUAUUGCGAACAAUGGAGUACCACCACCUGCAAAUCAUACAUUCCAAGUUGAAGUUCAUUUUCCACCGUUAAUUCGUAUACGACAACAAAUUAUUGGUAUAGCCAAUGGAUCAACGGCAACACUUGAAUGUGAAGUUGAAGCAUUUCCAGAUGCGGUACGUUAUUGGGAACGUUCGGAUGGACGUUUAAUAGAGAAUUCUGAUAAAUAUCGUAUUGAAAUAUCUGAUCAAAUUAGUUAUCGUUCAAAAAUGCAAUUAAAUAUCACACGCAUAAAUAUUAAUGAUUAUGGUUUAUAUCAUUGUAUUGCUAAAAAUGAGAUGGGUAUUACACGUGGUGUGAUUAAUGUUCAUGAUGAUGUACGAAUGGGCAAGCAUUCAACAAUAAACACCGAUCUCUCCAAAGUAGUCGAGUAUGGUGUCUCACCGCCAAAAUCAACAUCGUAUGACGAAAUAUGUCCACCACCCGAACCAUGCCCUGAAUGUAUCAAUGUAAAAGAUAUGAAAUGUCGUGAUUCCAUUAAUCUAUUUGAUUUAGUUGGCAAAUUAGAUAUACGACCAUUGGGCAACGUUUCCUUCCAAGAUUUACCAAAUCGUACACUUAAUUGUAUGCUUUAUGCUGUUGGAAAACCGGUAUAUCAUCGUUUCACUAAUUUAGAUUAUGGAUCAUGGCUACGUGAUCCAGCACCGAAAAAUGAACAACAGGGUGAACGACUGUGGGUAACAAAAGAAGGUGAUGCCUAUAAAUUAUACGAAUUUUUCAAUAAAACAGCAUUUCGUAAAGAUGUAUCAACACGUAUUUAUCACUUGGAACAUCCAUUUAUUGGAAAUGCUCACGUAAUAUACAAUGGAUCAUUUUAUUACAAUGCACGUGAUAAGCCACGUAUUAUCAAGUUUGAUCUUGAAACUGAACGGACACAUGCGCUGAAUGUACCAUUUAUUCAAACAAAUGAUACAGCGAAUUUUUUAUAUACAACGUUAUACAAUUAUAUGGAUUUUAGUGUGGAUGAUAAUGGAUUAUGGAUAAUUUAUGGAUUGCCUGGAUCAAAUAAUACAGCGGUACUUAAAAUUGAUUCGUUUGAAAUGCGUAUACAAUACGCAUGGAAUAUCAGCAUAAAUCAUCAUAAAGUUGGCGAAAUGUUUAUUGUUUGUGGUGUGUUAUAUGGAGUGGAUAGUGUGACGGAACGGAAUUCCAGGAUACGUUUAGCAUUAGAUUUGUACACAUCGAAAUUGUUGGAAGUGGAUUUAACAUUCACAAAUCCGUUUAGAAAGACUACAAUGUUGGGAUAUAAUCCACGGAAUAAGGAGCUAUAUUCAUGGGACAAAGGGAAUCAAUUAACAUAUCCAAUACGAUAUCAUGAAAUUGGUUAUAAUAUAUCAUCACACGAUGAUAAAACAUCACCAGAACCUGCUGCAGCACAAAUGCAUACUGGUUUUGAGAAAUAUCCUUAACAACUGCAACAUUUUUUAUUAAUAUCUA